UCAUACUUUAGUUCAUUUCCGCCGCAUAUUUUGCCGUUUUCAUUUAACCGUGGGUGUGACUAUUUAUUUGUGUUUUGUACGUUUCUGUGAACUAUAAUUUAGUGUUUUGUGUUAAUUAUACUUUGAAACGCUCUAAACAUUUGUGAGGAAUAGUUGGAUUCAAGUUUUUACUAAGGGUCAGUCCAUAGUGCCGCAGUGUGACAAGAUGUUCAAAGACGGUUGAGGCGCUAGCGCGUCGACAUCGGCGCGCCACCACAUACCAUGUCGUUCUUGAGUAAUCUGAAAAAGGUGCUACACCUCGGCGGUGGAAAUGAUGCGAAAAAGAAGAAAGUGUUCGCGAACAUCCGCGACAAUAGUGAUCCCACGGAGAAUUGGGAUAUGGUCGGCGAGCUCGGAGACGGCGCAUUCGGAAAGGUGUACAAGGCGCAACACAAAACCUCCGGUCAGCUGGCGGCCGCCAAGUUGUGUGUGCUGGACAACGAGGAUGACCUGGCCGACUUCACAGUGGAAAUUGACAUACUGACGGAGUGCCGGCAUCCCAACGUGGUGGAGAUGCAUGAGGCGUACUUCAUAGACAAUAAAUUAUGGAUGCUGCUGGAGUAUUGCGACGGUGGUGCCUUAGACUCGGUGAUGGCGGAGCUGGACAAGGGUCUCAGCGAAACGCAGAUCGCCUACGUGUGCCGGGAAAUGUGCAGGGGCCUGCAGUUUCUCCACUCGAGGAAGGUCAUCCACAGAGACCUGAAGGCGGGCAACGUUCUGGCUACGAUGCCCGGAGGGGUCAAACUCGCGGACUUCGGCGUGUCUGCGAAGAACAAAUGGACCCUACAGAAACAUGACACGUUCAUCGGCACGCCGUACUGGAUGGCGCCCGAAGUGGUGCUCUGCGAGACGUUUAGAGACAACCCAUACGAUUUUAAGGUGGACAUCUGGUCGCUCGGCAUCACGCUGAUAGAGUUCGCCCAAAUCGAGCCCCCCAACCACGAGAUGACUCCCAUGCGGGUACUGCUCAAGAUACAAAAGAGCGAGCCCCCCACGCUCGAGCAGCCCUCCAAGUGGAGCAAGACCUUCAACGACUUCAUAGCGAAAGCCCUUGUUAAGGACCCAGAGAAGAGGCCGACCGCAACUGAACUGCUCAAGCACGAGUUUGUAAACGGGAACCUGGACUCGAAGCCGCUUAGGGAUCUCCUACUCGAAUACCGCGCUGAGGUGGUGGAGGAAGAACUCUUGGAUGAUGAUUCGGAGGAACAUCGCAGCUCGCAGAUGCAUAUGGAGAUGGAAGAUGACUCGACGUCUGUGAGGUCGGGCGAGACGCCGGACGUCAAGAUGUCGGAGGCGGAGCCCCCGGCGGGUGCUACGCCUGCGGCCGCGCAGCCCCGGGCGCCGCCCUCGCCCCCCGCCGCCGCCCCCGCAGCCCCCGCAGCCCCCGCAGCCCCCGCCGCGGCCAAGCGACCCCGCGACGACGAACACCCGCCCGCUGACAGGAAAGCGCCUGCACCGAAGAAAGAGAAAGGUCCCGCCCCGCCGCCGCCCGCCGCCACGCCCCCCGCCUCCCCCGCGACCCGAGCGCCCGCGCCCGCGCCCCCCGCCGCGCCCCCCGCCCCCGUCACCGCCCCCGCCCCCGCAGCCGCCCGCAAGCACCCCGCCCCGCCGCCGCCGUCCGCGCCCGCCACUCCCACGGCCGCAGUCGCCGGCAAGCAGAUCGUAGAUCAGGUAUGUCAAGAAGCAGAAAAGGCGGUAGAAGAUAAAAAAACAGAUAGUACACCAGAGAAACAAAACGAAAUAGUCCAUAAACCAAAGCCAACGCCAGAAACUAAAGAAUUAAAACCAGAAGUGAACAGAACGGAAAAGGAGUAUUCCAGAUCAAGUUCAGUAGAAGAAGUGUCCAGAGUGAACACAGACGAUAACAGAAGACCGGACACGGAUAAAUCUAGGUCAAGUUCUAUAGAAGAAGUUUCUAGAGUGAGCGCAGAAGUGAAUAGAUUGCAGAAUAAAAAGUUAGACGCAGAUAAGUCUAGGUCUGGUUCUGUAGAUGAAGAUAGAACUGGUGACAGAGUGAACGCAGCCGUGAGUAGAAUAGAAAGGUAUUCGAGAUCCAGUUCAGUGGAUGAGAGAGAAAGAAUAGAAAUAGAGAAGAGGGAGAAGAAUGAGAAGAGAGUUAGAGAUGAGAAGGAGCAGUGGAGAACAACGCAGCAGAAUGCAGUGGAGAUUAGGCCGGUCACGCCACCGCAGCAAGUGAGCCAGCCGCAGGUGGUGACGGUGGCGUCCCCGGUGGUGGUGGCGGUGGCGGUCGGCGACAGCGUGGUGGUGGUGGAGCCCAACUCGCUGGCGGCCACGCCCGCAGGUCACGUGACAGUCACCACCACGCACCCGCCAGUCAUCAACAACGCCGCGCCGCUACCUCCGAAUGCGGUGACCAUCUCGACCACGCCGCCCAUUGCAGACGAGGUGGUAAUAGUGGGCGCCGGUUCAUCAUCAGACGAUGAUUGCUUCGCGCCCUCCUCGCUUGAUUCUCUGGACUGCAACAAUUCCUAUACAGCAGAGAAGGGCCGAGGCCGCCGCCUCGACAGCAGCGAAGUGCUGAUCCUGAGUCCUGGUGCCGGAGCAGACUCCGGUGUCUUCGACGAAAGCGCCAACAACGCACUCAACCUGGAUACGUCCCACGUGUCUGUGGUGACGGUGGGCAAUGAAGAGGUGCGCGUGCGGGACUCUGCCGCCACACACGUGGCGCUGCAGCCCGACCACCACCAUCAUCACCACCACCACAAUGACCACCACGACCACAGCGCGCAGCCGCCGCGGCUUAGCCCUGACAGCUUCGAGAGCCGACGGUCCCAGUCGGACAGCGGGUCGGUAGCGUCGUCGUCGUCACGUGCGCCGCCCGACGCAGACGACCACCACCGACACCACAACGGCGGCAACAGGAUAAACACGGAUCACCAAGGUUUGGAGAACGGAGACCAGGUUGUGCUGAGGAGGAAGAACCAAGAUGGGCAGGCCGUCAACAGGAUACAAAGGUCCAAAGAAGAUAUCCACAUGGCAAACCUCAAGAAGAAGACGAGGAAGCGCACGAGAAAGUUCGAGAUCGACGGCGUCAUCAUGACCACCACCACCUCGAAGGUCAUAUGGGGAGAUGAGGAGAGCGGCCGCACGUGGGACGACCAUGCGCUGCGCAAACAGGAGCUGCGCGAGAUUAAGAUGCUGCAGAAGCAGGAACAGAAGCAGUUCCAGGACCUGAACGCUAAGGAGCAGCAGCUGAGGGAGCAACAGGAUAAGAGGCUGGAGGCGGAGCUGGCGGCCCUGGCGCGCGCGCACGAGGCCGAGCUGGACGCGCUCGCACGAGGAGGACGCGCCGCCGCCGAGCGAGCCGAGCAGGCGCUCGAGGCAGAGCUGCGGGCCGCCGCCAAGAGGCUGCGGGCCGACCACGAGCGGGACCUGCGACACUUCCGGGACACGCUCAAGCAGGAGCUGCGGCUGCUCAAGCAGGAGGUGGAGCUGGUGGCGAAGGAGCGGCGCAAGGAAGCGUACCGUCAGCGUCGAGCCCGCCUCGACGCCGAACAGGCGGAGAGAGAGCGAGCGUUCGUAGCCGCGCUGGCCGACGGCGGCGAUGCGCUGCUGCGGAGACUGCACGACUCACAUCGAGAGCGGCAGGCGCUCGCAGACCGCCAGUACCUGCAGCAGCGGCAGCAGAUAAUGCGUACUCGAGAAGCGGCACUUUGGGAGUUGGAAGAGAAGCAAAUCCACGAGAGGCAUCAGCUCGCCAAGCGGCAGCUGAAGGAUGAGUUUCUGCUGCGGCGGCACCAGAUGCUGGUCAGGCACGACAAGGAGUUGGAGCAGAUCAGAAGAAAAAACACUCGCAAAGAAGAGGAAUUGGCUAAGUGUCAAACGUUAGAGAAGCGAUCGUUACCGAAGCGGAUUCGAGCCGAGCAGAAAGCUAGGGAGAUGAUGUUCAGAGAGUCUCUGCGGAUCAGCGCCAUUCCUGGCCAGCACGACGACGACCGGGAGAAACUGAAGAGGUUCCAAGAGAAUGAGAAGAAAAGAUACAGAGCGGAGCAACAGAGACUGGCCACCAAGCACGCGAAAGCCAGGGAGGAGCUGAAGGCAGCCGGAGAGGCUUUAGUACGUGAACUGGAGCAAUAUCAGAAUGAGAAACGGAAGGCGCUCAUGAACCAUGAGGCGAACAAGAUCAAGACGGUUGAGGAGAAGUACUCGCUCGAACUGAAGGAGUGGAGGGCGACCCUCGGACAGAGGAAGAUGAAUCAAAUAAAGUACUUCGAGGAGGAACUCGAUAACCACGAGAAAAAGUUCCAAAUACCCAUUCCGGACAGGGAGUCGUAUCUAAACGUGCCGUGGCCGGAGAACGUCCUGCAACACUUCCUCAACAGCUACCACCAGAGGAGCUCCUUCAUGGGCUCGCUGUCCAGAUCCAGGACUAGCCUAAACUUCCUCUCCAACUCAAACACUCCAAGUCUGGACAGGAGACUAAGUACAAGCCCCCCACGGGGGAAACCACUCAAAAGAGACAAGUUGACUAAAGCCCAGAAAUUCGGGUCCACAUCGAACCUGAAACUGGUUUCGGAGAAAGUGUCAGGUUACUCAGUCUUCGGAUCGGAUGGGAGGAGAACACCGAUCAUGGCGUACGGGGACGACGUGCCAAAUGAGAUGCAAGAGACCAUGACGUUGGAUCGAACAACGCAGAAGAAAGAGAAGAAAUACUACCGGCAAAGCAUGUCAGAACAGUUAAUGGCACAGAUAAACACGGAGACCACGAUGAAAAGGAGCAUAUCGCAGCAGAGUCUGAAACAGGAUAUAGCAAUGGAAGCUAUGAUGAUCGAUAUGCCAUCGUUAGAAGGCGAGAGGUACGGCACGGUGAAAAGUUCGAGCACAAUAUGUAGCGAUGAUAGCGAGAUAGACGGUGCUAGCAGUAAACAUUUUAGCCGAUGGGGACCAGUUAGGGGAUCAAAUAGUUACUCAAACACCGAAGUGCCUGUAAGUCAGUUGUCCACGUUGAAUCUGAGAGCGUCUAUUAAUGAAAAGGGAAGCAAAGAUAAGAAUAACUGAGCUUAUAUGAACGGUACUAAAUUAUCUUUUGAAACUGGGCACAGAUCUAUCCCUGUAAGUGAAGUGGUUUUAGAACCGCAUAGUAAUGGACCUUUUACGAACGUUGUUGACCGCAGCUGGCCUUUAAAGCUUCAACGAUCGAGUGCAGAUGGCAUUCCAAACCCGCGAAAGGGAUUAUGGAGUGGCUGAAAGCCAACUCUUGCCUGACGGAUAUGAUUUUAGCCUGAAGGCAUCGCUAGGGAUUUGAAAUCCAACUCAAGCGUCGUAGUUACGAUUCGUUUUUGAAUUGGACGGGACAUUGCAAGGAUUGUAUUGACUUGAUUGGGUAUAUUGUUAGGGAAUAGGGUCACACCCACUUUUCUUUAUCGACCGCGACCCCAGCAAGCGGGCAGUCCUCAAAGCGUGGGGGACUCUUUUCAGUUUGGUGGUGACGCACCGAGGGUACACUCUCCCUAGAUCAAUCUCAUUUAUAACAAUGUAUUACGGGCUUAUGUAUUAGAUAAAUAACUCAGUAGCUUGACCCUAUUGUCAGGGGUUAGAGGUUUAGAUCAGUGCCCAGCAGGCGUGUCUAUUGUCAGCGAAAAAAGGUGUUAAAAACCAUAGACUCGACUAGAUCAGGCUAUUAAUGUAUUUUUAAUAACAAAACGGUCCUAUUUCUGUUUUGGUAGCAUUGUCUACAUUC